CGCAGUAAGAUGUGCUUUUUGCUUAUCACGGUAUCAAGAGCUGAACCCCAACAUUUCGCUUACCUCGCAUGUUAGGUAAAGACUCUUUUAUUCACUUAAUUGACGAGUCAUUAUCUAACUGGCGAAUUUAAACAAAAAUUUUGGUUGAAUAUGUGGCACGAUGUGCGUGAUCUGUGUCCGUGCAGAAGAUAUAAAGGCGACCACACAUUUUGUAGGAUUAGGGGAACAUGGGUCAACUUAAACGGCCUAAGUGAAUAAACCUGAGGACAAUGAUCAACAGGGUGUCGUUGUUGGAGUUCAAGUGGAUGAUGGAUGGUGUGACUCGGUUGUUGAGGCGGCACGUCUUGGCACUUUGUACGAUUAGGGCGUUGAACCUCAUCCUCGACGGAAGGAGCGUCAGCGGCGGAGGUCUGAAAAAGGCCACUGGUGCACCUUGCUGCUGGUGCUGGUGCUGAUAACACUGCUAGUCAAGAGAACAAGUUCGGGCCACACAGUUGGGGGAAGCAGGUGGUGCUGCAGGCUGCAGACGCAGGGAAUGGAGCGGCAGCAGCGGUCGCGGCAGUGUGGCGCGGGACAGCGACCAGGAAGGAAGCAGCCAUUACUACAAAUCGAUGGGAUAGAAAAGUAUGGGAAAGUUCGACGCCGAGGAAUAUCUGAGACAGUUGCAGGAGGCAGGAACGGAGAAGAAGAGAGGAGGAGCUCCCCAGACCACCAUCAGGCAUCGCUUCACCUUAUACUCAAACGAUCCAGUGAAGGACGAUCUUAUCUGGCGGGCUGUGGUGCAUGGCGAGACAGCGGCUGAUCGCAGAAGGACCACGGAUUACGGCCUUCUCCAGCGCUUCUACCGAGAAUCGUCGUGGCUUGGCAGCAGUGAGAGCAGCGCCUCCCUGACCUCAGGUAAUGGACAGCGACAGGACGGUGACGCUGAUUCCUUUCUAAAGAAACUGCAGCUUACUUAUGGCCAUGUCGCGCAAGGUCCGCCGCCACCCACUACUUCUAACGCGUGUAUUGGGUGGCGCUCUUCAUUCCCAGAACUGAGACUGGAGCGGUACGGCAGCAGAGUCACGGAACAUAAAACAUCUCGAAGCACAGAGCCCUCUCUCGCUCAGAAACACGAACCGCACCAAGAAGAUAAGCACGCCACAACACAUACCCCUCGCCCCGCAACGAAUCACACUUGUCGAAAACAAUCACGAACCAGACAACACACAGUAAAAUAAAAACACAGAAAAAUUUACGAGGGAAAAUAGAAAAUUAUGCCGGUAUAUGAAAUGCAAUAAAGCUGUCA